AUGGCAUCCUUUGGAAUUGUAGUUAGAUUUGUCAACCUUACGGACCCUUUCCUCGGAUGGCCUAAUUCAACUGAUCGCGAUCAUCCACACAACUAUUAUGCUCUGUUUUUCUCACUGCUGAUCAUUGCCAUCAUUUUUGGGAAUGUAUUGGUGUGUCUUGCAGUGCUGAGAGAAAAAUCUUUGCAAACGACUACAAACUAUCUCGUUGUCAGCUUGGCAGUAGCAGACCUGCUUGUUGCAAUCUUGGUGAUGCCUUGGGUCGUGUACCUUGAGGUGGUUGGGGAUUGGAGGUUCAGUCGAACAAGCUGCAACAUUUUUGUGAUGCUGGAUGUCAUGAUGUGCACAGCAAGUAUUUUAAACCUUUGUGCUAUCAGUAUUGAUAGGUAUACUGCUGUGGUGAUGCCAAUCCAAUAUAACACAAAUUACAGCUCCAGGAGACGGGUGACUAUAAUGAUCACUAUUGUGUGGAUAUUGUCGUUUGCAGUGUCUUGUCCUCUCCUGUUUGGUUUCAAUACAACAGAUGACCCCAGAUUAUGUUCGAUAUCCAAUCCAGAUUUUGUUGUGUAUUCGUCCAUUGUGUCCUUCUACUUGCCAUUUUUUGUUACGUUGAUGGUUUAUGUGCGUAUUUACAUUGUACUUAAAAAGAGAAGGAAACGCAUCACCUCUAGACAAAACAGCGAUUCUGUGGCAACAGAGAGUAUCAUGCAGACUCAGGUAAUUAAGGAAAAGAUAGAAAAUUUUCCCAGAAGCUUACAUUUGUUCACUUGUUUGACGUUUAACAAACAGAAGGGACUUUCUCCAAGUAACAAACUGCUGGCACCAGUUGAAAUAGCAAAUUACUGCAGUAUGAGCCAUGCAACAUUUGCAAAGACAGACAAUGGUAUUGAGGAACCAGAGAGAAGGAGCAUCUGUACAACAAAGCAUGCUUCUGUAGUGAAAAAGCUGUCCAGCGGCAAAACCACAACUUCCCUGAGACCCGUAUUAAAACGCAGAAACCUGCAAAUGAGAGAAAGGAAAGCAACCCGGAUGUUGGUCAUUGUUCUGGGUAUGUUCCUGGUGUGCUGGUUGCCAUUUUUUAUCACACACAUAUUGAAGAUCCACUGCAAGCAAUGCCAUGUGUCAACAGAACUCUACAGUGCUACUACCUGGCUUGGAUAUGUCAACAGUGCAGUAAAUCCCAUCAUAUACACUACCUUCAACAGUGAGUUCAGGAGAGCGUUCCUCAGGAUUUUAGCUUGCUAA